AUGCCGCCACCAAAUAAGCUAAAGCUUCCAAAGCAAUUGAUUGAUCAGCUCGGCGGAGAAGGUGAUUGUAACUCAAACUGAAAGAUGUAAUGUAUGCUAAGUACCAUUUACAGAUGCCCUUUCUGGACGUCGAAGAUCCGGUGGUGGCCGUCCUACAGCAAGAAAAGACCUUAGAAAAGCUGCGAGAGCAGAGAAGAAGUCUUUAAGAAAUGGACCUCCUCCUUCGAAGAGGCCCAAGAUACAACACCACCGAGAGCCAGAAGAAGAGGAAGAAGAAGAAUAUGAACGACCAGCGCCUCGAGCCACAAAGCCACAACCCGAACGAGAAAAGGAGCCAAAACCAAAAUCGAUUCUAAAGACCACAAAAAAGGCUGAUCCGAUACCCCGCGCCGAUUCCCGCUCGAUAUCUCCGCCUCCCAGGAGGAUACCGCAGGCUGUGAAGGACCAGUUGGCGUAUGAGGACGAGGAAAUAGCUGCGCUGGAGAAGAAAUUGGGACUGAAGGGGAAGAAAUUGCCUCAGAGUUUUACAGAUGAUGGUCUGGAUGAGUUGUUGGAGGGCUUGGAUGGAGGGGAGGAUGAUGAUGAGGAUUUGAGCGAAAGGAAGAAAAGAAAGGCCGAAGGGGACGAAUGGCUGGACAGAAAGAGGAGCGAGGCGCGGAAACGGGCAAAGGGUCAGUCAACUAAAUCUAUGCCCGAGGAUAAUGAAGAAGAAGAAGAGGACGAUGACGAAGAUCUGCUGGAUGGGGAGAGCGACGAGGAGUCAGAUGAUGAUGGAGCUUCAGAUAUGUCCUUGGAUGGACCGGAAUUCCCAGAUGAUGUUUCGGAAGAUGAUUCUAUGGAUCUUGGGGGAGAUGGCGAUCAAUUGUACGAUGAUGAUUUUGGUGGAUUUGAUGGCUCUGGCGAUGAGGAAGACGAAGAAGAGCCAGCACCAAGAGUUCGAGAAAAUCCAUAUGUUGCGCCUACAACAAGCGCCCAGCCGGUGCAAAAGUACAUUCCUCCCUCUUUACGAAAAGCUGCAUCUUCAGAUUCAGAGGCUUUAGUUCGAUUACGCCGACAAACCCAGGGAUUGGUCAACAGAUUGACUGAGGCGAACUUAAUUUCCAUCCUUGGAGAAAUUGAAAAGCUUUACCGGGAUAAUGCAAGACAACAUGUCACCUCGACGCUUGUCGAUCUUUUAUUGACAUCUGUCUGUGAACCUACGAGUUUGCCAGAUACGCUUAUCAUUCUUCCCGCUGGAUUUAUUGCUGCAGUCUACAGAAUCAUUGGCAUGGAUUUUGGUGCUCAAAUCGUUCAAAAAAUAAUCGAACUUUUCGAUGAGCAUUAUGUAUCUGCGAACGAUAAUAUAGGUCCAGGUGCUGCUACAUCCGAUAGUAGUAAGGAAACAUCAAAUUUGAUUAUGCUGCUUUCCGAAUUAUACAACUUUCAAGUCAUUGGAAGUAAUCUGGUUUAUGAUUACGUCAAGCUAUUUUUGUCAAAUUUGUCUGAAUUAAAUGCUGAGCUUCUCUUGAAGAUUAUUCGAGCUUCUGGACCGCAAUUACGGCAGGAUGAUCCAUCGUCGUUGAAGGAUAUUGUUCAAAUGUUACGACCGGCUAUGGCGAGUAUUGGAGAGGAAAACAUGUCAGUGCGGACCAAAUUCAUGAUUGAGACGAUCAACGACUUGGAAAACAACAAAAUGAAGACCGGUGGAGCAGCUUCUGUAAUCACAUCAGAGCAUACGAUCAGAAUGAAGAAGACUUUGGGUACGCUCAACACACGAAGUAUCAAGGCAAGCGAGCCAUUGAGAAUAGGCCUCAAUGACAUCAAGGACUCUGAUAAAAAGGGUAAAUGGUGGCUCGUUGGUGCUAGUUGGUCAGGCAAUACCGCCGAAGAAGACAAAGAUAUCAAAAGCACAGCUACUGUUGUCAAACGUGUUGAGGAUUCUAGUACAUCGGAUCUCCUUCAGCUCGCAAGAGAGCAGCGCAUGAAUACCGACGUUCGUCGAGCAGUAUUUGUCACGAUUAUGUCUGCCACAGACUUCCAAGAUGCGUACCUCAAGCUUCUAAAACUCAAACUCAAAAAAGUACAAGAAUUUGAGAUCCCAAAGGUUUUGAUCCACUGCUCUGGAGCGGAGAAGAUCUACAAUCCAUACUAUACCCUCAUUGCAAAGAAGAUAUGUGGAGACAGGAAGCUCAAAACUGCAUUCCAAUACUGCCUUUGGGACAUUUUCAAGAAGAUGGGCGAGUCAGACGGUGACGAUAAUGAAGCCAUGGAUGAAGACGAUGAAGGGAUGGAUACACGACGCAUCGUCAAUCUGGCCAAGAUGUUUGGAACUCUCAUCGUCGAAGGGGGACUCAGUCUUGGUGUUUUGAAAAAUCUCAAUUUGAGCUAUCUCCAACCAAAAACCAAGACUUUCAUGGAGGUUUUGUUCAUCACUAUUUUUCUACAAUCUCAGAAAGCGGCUGGGGAUAAAAGAGAUAAGAAACCUGUUGUCAACGUCAUUUCGAAAGCACAGGACACGCCACAUCUCAUCACUGGUUUACAGUACUUUUUGAGGAAAGUUGUCAGUAAGACUGAUAUCGCGGGUGGCAAAGAGGAGAAGGCGACUGUGAAGUGGGCGUGUAAAGUAGCGAGAGAUACCCUGGAAGCGUUGGUUGCGAUCGAUGCUCCUAAACCUUGA